AUGAAAUCGAGUGAGCCCGCAGUAACAACAGCACACAAAGAGGCAAGCGAGGCACCGUGCAUAAACCGAACUAUUUCCAUAGGGCUGGUGUACAACUACGUCGAAAAGCUUAUUACCGUGGAGGGGACAGAAAACAUCCUGGCAGAGAUAAAAAGAAAGGCGCACGAGGCGUUUGGCCUCUCCUGUGUCAGGCUGGAAAUUGGAAAGAAGCCAAUUACUUCGGUGGAUCAGAUUUUUUCACAAAUACCCCCGAUGAUUUCGGUCAUAGGGAUAAAAAACAAAUGCCACAUUGAAAAGUGCAAAAACCGAGUGAAUACAGCCUCUGAAAUGAAGUGCAAGUUCUGCACGAAGUCCUUUUGCAUAAAGCACUCGAUUCCUGAAGGACAUUCCUGCGAGAACAUCUCCGAGUGCAAGCAGAACGCUGCCGAGGAAAAUUUAAAGAAGCUUCUAAGCUCUGGGAAAAACUGGAGAUAA